AUGGCUCCGCCGUUGUGGAGCAAGCAGGGCUGCUGGACCUGCCGCCUGCGCAAGAAGAAAUGCGACGAAGGCCACCCUCAGUGCUCGACCUGUGAAUCGCUAUCCAUCACAUGUCAUGGCUAUGGAUCAAAACCUGACUGGAUGGAUGGCGGUGACGGUGAAAGAGCAGUGUCGAAUGGCAUCAAAGAAGUUGUAAAGCAAACAUCAAGACGCAAAGCAGCCCAAUCUAUAAAGCAACGUGACCCAGCCAAGAUAGCACCCAAGUCAACUACUUUAUCAGAGAGUUCGUCGUCCCCUGCUCCAAGUCAAGAUAGACACGAGCCCGCCUUCUCAGCAGAUGAGACUGCUCUCCUAAUGCACUUCCUGGAUCAUGUAUUCCCACUUCAAUACCCCGUGUAUAAACCGGCAAUACAAGAAGGAGGGCGUGGCUGGCUACUAUCCGCUCUGCUUCAAACAAAGUCACUUUAUCAUGCCGCUCUGGCCCUGAGCGCAUACCAUUACCAGACAGCCGCAUCUGUCAUGCUCAGCCAACCAUGCCAAAUCGCUACGCUGGUCAUGCAGGAAAAACACCUUGAAAUUUGUAUAAAAUCACUUAAUACGUUUACUCAUACGUCCUGUCCAAACGGAGAGUUGAGUAUCAUGAUGACGAUCAUCCAGCUGUCAUUUUUUGAGCUAUUUACCAACUACGGCAAUGCAUGGCAGGCUCAUCUGCGUGCAGCAAUGAAUAUGUAUCAGCGGAGGAACAGACCUGAUUUGGUACCACUUGAUCUGUCUAGCGAAUCAAAGACGGCAUUAAACGACCUUCCACUUCUCGAACGCGAAGCUCUUGUUUCCAACGAAGCAGCGCAAUCUAGAUUUAUUAGUGGGACGCUGAUCUGGCUUGAUAUUAUAUCGUGCAUCACAGCAACAACUACACCACAUUUACUACAGAGUCAUUCUACCGUUAUGGCCCCGGAUUCCCAGACCCAACUUGAAGAUAUUAUGGGCUGCAAGAACUGGGUCAUGCUUCAAAUCGGCCGUAUCGCUGCGCUGCACGCAGAUAGGCUUCAAUCGUUGCGACAGGGACACUUCAAUUGUGUGGGGUUUAAGCAGACUAUCAUCGAUAUCAACCUAGAGAUACAGAGCGGCUUAAAUGCCUCUGGACCCGAUUCUGUCGCAUUAUGCAAUCCGUCAGCGCUCAUUACGCCAGUGUUUGCAAGCAUGGCAUUGGUUUAUCUUCACUUGAUUACCCAUGGCUUCCAACAACUUGGAGAAUUAGACGCAGUCAUUUCUAGGGUCAUGAUAAUGCUUCAAACGGAGGUUCCCACGCAUCUUCUGCCAGCCGUCGUCGCGCCAUUGUAUGUUAUUGGGUCAGUGGCGAGGCAGGGGGACGAGCAGUUCUUCCGGGACGUCUUUUCAUCUCCGCCCCUACUCGAUCCCUCACUUAAACAACGGGCGAGGAUCUUGCCAGCUCUAGAAGAGGUCUGGAAUAAGAGGAGGGCCGACCCUACCUUCCUGUGGGAGAGUAGCCUCGAACCCAUUCAUGAUAUCCUACUUAUUUAA